GCAUGUUUCAUGCAGUGCUCAGAUAAUUUUCCAGCAGCAUAUACAAAACGUGUCUUAUUAAUGUCUCAAGAAAAAAUAUAUAGCAGUGGUGUGCAGCUUACAGUUGAGCAGCUGAAGCAAAUAGAACAGAAGAGACAAGAAGCUUUGAAGAGGCGUUUUGACCGCAAUGAACUUAUGCCCAUUGGAGAAAGCUGGCGCAAGCAUAUCGGGUCUGAAUUCACCAAACCUUACUUCACUAAGCUUAUGUCUUUUGUCGCUGAAGAGAGGAAACAUUUCACUGUCUAUCCGAGUAAAGAGGAAGUCUUCUUAUGGACAAACAUGUGUGCAUUCGAAGCUGUGAAAGUGGUCAUCCUUGGCCAAGACCCAUAUCCCAGAAAAGGCCAGGCUCAUGGUCUGUGCUUCAGUGUACCAAGGCUUUCACCACCACCUCCAAGCUUGGAAAAUAUAUUCACUGAACUUGCAAUAGAUAUCAAGGACUUUCAACACCCUAAUCAUGGUAACCUGACAGGAUGGGCUAAACAAGGUGUUCUACUACUGAACUCUGUCCUGACAGUGAGAAGCAGAGAGCCAACAUCCCAUCAAGGUUAUGGAUGGGAAGAUUUCACUGAUGCAGUGAUCCAAACCCUAAGUAGAAAUCUAAAAGGCCUGGUCUUCCUGCUGUGGGGGUCAUAUGCUCAGAGGAAAGGCAAAUUCAUUGAUCGAUCGAAGCAUCAUGUUCUUGAGACAAGCCAUCCCUCACCAUUCUCUGCUCACAUGGGCUUUUUUGGAUGCAAACACUUCUCAAAGACAAACAUCUUACUUCAAGCAUCUGGAAUGAUACCAAUUGAUUGGAACGCACUGUAACCAUUCUUAGAAAUACAGUAUACAGAAAUAUAACACAUGUAGUUUUUAGAAAUAUGUUUGAACAUAACUAUGUUUCAUCUUCAGUAUAAUCAUAAUGUUAAGUGAAUAUGAGUAUGUAAGCAAAGUAUUACUGAUGGAAUAUAAAAUACAGGCCUACAGCAUUCCAAUAGAAUGUUCCAUCUCUACUGUUCUACACUAUUGCCUGGAAAGUAAAAAAAAUAAAUAAUAAUAAAUAAAUA